ACAAGAUGGCGGAGGAAACUAAAGGCAGCGGUUCAAAGCUCAAGGACGUAGCUCGUAAAUUUAAUGUCCUACCUGAAAGACAAGCAAAGGUGAAUUACAUGAUUGCAGCACGAGAGAAGGUAGAGGCUGCAAAGGUAAAAGUACCCAUCCUCCAGCAAACAGAAAAGGACCCAGACUUGUGUAUAAAGUACAGGCUCAAAAAACCGAAACCUGAGAAGAGAGACAAAGUUCCCUCAGAGAAGAAAGAAAAGCAGCACAGUUCAUCAAAAGAUGAUAGUGAGCGUAAGAGAUCAAGGAGAACUUGUGGCGAAUGUGUUGCAUGUGUUAGGACAGAGGAUUGUGGACAGUGUGACUUCUGCAAGAUCAAUAUUCUAUAUUCCAAAAGUUCUAAAAUUUUUUCUCACUUUAGACGUAUUCAAGAGAUUUUACCUCAGAAAAUGGUUCAAUGGCAAAAAACUACAAGUGUUGCUGAUAUCAAAGCUGAGGAAUAUCUGCAAAAACUGGCAAAAAAGAAAGAGGAAGCUCAGGAGAAGUUGAUGGAACUUGACAGACUGAGUAAUGAACUUGAUGCUUUUAUAGAGAAGACAAAACAUGCUACAAUAGAAGAAUCAGAGGCACAAGACACUGAAGUAGAAGGUGAAACAGAUCUUCAAGUCCACUGCAUCACCUGUGGACUACCAUUAGCUCCUAAAGUUGCCCUCAGACAUAUGGAGAAGUGUUACAUGAAGAAUGAAAGCUUAACAACAUUUGGUUCCAUUUACAAAAGUGCGGGGAACUUGUUCUGUGAUUAUUACAACCAUCAGCAAAAGAUUUACUGCAAAAGACUCCGAGUUCUGUGCCCUGAACAUACAAAGGAACCAAAGAUCUCUGCCACUGAUGUUUGUGGCUGUCCUCUAGUCACUAAUGUCUUUGAAGAAACAGGAGAUUUCUGUCGGGCUUCAAAGAGGAGAUGUAUGAAACAUUAUUGCUGGGAGAAGUUACGCAGAGCAGAGAUUGAUUUACAACGAAUACAGCAGUGGCUAAAACUUGAAGAGGCAUUUGAACAAGAACGGUCCCUCAGAUAUGCUGCGGCACAAAGAGGAGGAGUACUGGGUCUACUGCUGCAUGAGACAACAUGCCAUGAAUAAAACAACCUCCUGCAACAUUUUGAAGACUUUGUAAUAAAAUAAAUCAUUUUCUUUACAA